AUGAAUGAAGCAGAAGAAUUUGGAAUAACACAAAAAGAUGGAACAUUCAUUCCACAAGUUACGUAUGAAAGAAAACCAAAAGAAGGGCAACAGUUUAAAUCUUUAGAUGAUGCUUAUGAUUUUUAUAACAAGUAUGCACGAGAAGCUGGUUUCAGUGUACGGAUUGAUAAGAGUAAGAAGCAUAAAGAAACUGGUGAAACGAUUUGGAAACAAUAUGUUUGUUAUAAAGAAGGAGAAACAGAUGAAACUUAUAGAAGAACAAAGAAAAAAGAAAAGCAGAUGGUGGAGACCAUUGGAGAUAGUGGUAAGAAAUUAGAAAGACAACGAGGAAAUGUACGCGAAGGUUGUAAAGAAAGUUUAAGUGUAGGAAGACGUGACGGGAAUUAUACAAUCAGACAAUUCAUUGAGAGCCACAAUCAUCCUCUUGCAACUCCAAGAAAAAUACACUUAUUGAGGUCACAUCGAAAUGUUUCAAAUGUGAAGAAACAACUGGCUCAACAAUUUGCAAGUGUAAAUGUGCCUACGUGUCAACAAUUUGAUAUCUUAGAGACACAAGUAGGGGGUAUUGAAAAUGUUGGGUGUACAGAAAGAGAUCUUCGAAAUUAUGAACGAGAUGUGAGGGAGAAGUUUAAAGGUCACGAUGCAAAUAUGUUGAAUGAAUAUUUCUUAUCAAAACAAGAAAAGGAUCCAAAUUUUGUUUUUCAAAUUGACAAAGAUGAGGAUGAUAGAAUGACUAGGUGUUUUUGGGUUGACUUCAGUGCAAGGAGAGCAUACAAUUUUUUUAAUGAUGUGGUUGUGUUUGACACAACAUACAACACUAACCGUUAUGGGAUGAUAUUUGCUCCACUUACAGGGGUUAACCACCAUGGAAAAACAAUCAUUUUUGGAUGUGCCUUUUUAAAUGACGAGACCACUGAGUCUUUCAUUUGGCUAUUUAAGACUUGGCUUAAUGCAAUGCCAAAGGGUCCUCCAAAAGUUAUUAUUACUGACCAGGAUCCUGCAAUGACAAAGGGUAUAGCUCAAUUUCUUCCGGACACAUUUCAUCGGUAUUGUAUUUGGCACAUCUCAAAAAAAUUUGUAGAAAAAUUGGACUCAGUUGUAUUUCGAGAUUACUAUGACCUUUUUAAAUCAUCUUUAUGGAAUUCAGAUACAAUAGAAGAGUUUGAAGAAAGCUUGAAAAAAGUAAACAACAAAAUAACGAAUGGUUAA